AUACCACUGUUCCCGUGUCCCGUCUGUACAUACCACAACUACAGUCAUCCUACCGAUACCGCAUCACACUCCCACGCAAACGCACGCGCUCACUCCACAGACUCGCUCCAUCCGUUAGCUCGCUGUCCGCACGCAGCCUCCCUUCUCCUCGCUACCCUCACCGUCUCGCCCAGCAUGCAUCGCACAUACUCCAUGCGCCAGUCGCGCGCGCCCACCGCGUCGCAAAUCCAGAACCCACCGCCCGCUGCCUCCUCGACCAAGGGCGGUCGUCUCUUCGGCCGCGCCAACAUUGGCCACACCUUCCGCAAGUCCGUUCACCCCGGCGCAUUCGGUCCCGAUCUCGCCAAGAAGCUGUCGCAGCUCGUCAAGAUGGAGAAGAACGUCAUGCGAUCAAUGGAGUUGGUGGGUCGCGAGCGUAUGGAGGUCGCUCAACAACUGUCCAUCUGGGGCGAGGGCUGCGAUGACGACGUGUCCGAUGUCACCGACAAGCUCGGUGUUCUCAUUUAUGAAAUCGGAGAGCUCGAGGACCAGUUCGUCGACCGCUACGACCAGUACCGUGUGACCAUCAAGAGCAUCCGCAACAUCGAGGCUUCGGUCCAGCCCAGCAGAGACCGCAAGCAGAAGAUUACCGACCAGAUUGCCCAGCUCAAGUACAAGGAGCCCAACAGCCCCAAGAUUGUGGUGCUCGAGCAGGAACUUGUCCGUGCCGAGGCCGAGUCUCUCGUUGCUGAGGCCCAGCUGUCCAACAUCACCCGUGAGAAGCUGAAGGCUGCCUUCACCUACCAGUUUGAUGCUCUUCGCGAGCACAGCGAGAAGAUUGCCAUCAUCGCUGGCUUCGGCAAGCACCUCCUCGAAUUGGUUGACGACACUCCCGUCACACCCGGUGAGACCCGCAACGCAUACGAUGGUUAUGAAGCGUCCAAGGCCAUCAUCCAGGAUUGCGAGGAUGCGCUCACCAACUGGGUGGAGCAAAACGCCAAGGUGACUUCCAGCCUAUCGACUCGUGCCCGCACGCUCUCGCAGCGUCGCCGCAACAAGACCUCUGGUCACGACCUUGCUGAGCAAGACCAAGAUCGAGAGUCCGGUCUGUGGGUCUCGGCUGAGCAGCACGGUGCCGGACAGGACUUUGACGAUGAAGACUCGGUGCGCGGUCGUGAGGAGCACGUCGCCGCAUAGAGUUAGUUGAUGACAAUCUAUCUUGGACAUGAAUGAGAGUUCUAUACCCUGGGAGGAGGACGAGGCCGGUAAUUACUGUACAAGCAGGACAGGAUCACAGCAGCGAACGACCUUAACGUGUCUUAUUUGGUAGUAGCGUAUAUGAUAAUGUUUUGAAGAAGAAGAAGGAUAUGCGUGUUGUGUUUCCAUGUCUCUUUUCACAUGCGCAUUGGUAGCAUGGCCUGGUGUGUUCGGCUCGGCCCUGUACAAGCAUGGUCAGUCAUAACCUCGCAGAAACGGGAUGGUUGCGAAUAUACCAGGUACCUAGGUAAUCUCGAGAAUGCGUUCGUGCAAUGAAUCAUUAUCGAAACACCAAUAAACUGAACAACUCGUUCCGCCAUUAAUUAAUAGAGGUGACAACAGCAGCAGCAGGUAGGAAGUAGUAGUGGUAGGUAGUAAUAGUUUG